AUGGCUGAGCUGGUUCUUCUGCCGUCGUCGACUUAUCGACCCCCCUCGCCUCCGCUGGCUCGGAGACCGGGGAAGUUACUUAAUACCAUAAUUGAAGAAGAAUCCGAGGAAGAGAGUGGCAUCCGUCACCGCCACGGCAUACAGCAGCAGCAGCAGCAGCAGCAGCUCUCGAACACGGCGGGUGGUCGAAAUGGCCAGAAGCUUCGUCCUCGAACCGACAUGCACAUCGAAGCAUGGCUGUCACCCAUGAGCGACCAUUUUCCUACCCCCAGGGGAUUCCACUACCUGGCUGCGCCUAUUCUGCCGUCUUCCCCGUCCACCGGAUCCACGGACGGUCCGCCUUCUCCGUCACAAACCUCGAACCAAUGGAACUACCGGUCAAGCGUCAUGACCGACGUGACAGAGUUUGACGACUUGUACGGCCUCAGCGAUGAAGAGGAGCCGCUGGGGCCGCUGGGGCCGCUGGGGCGAACGCCGUCCAGGAAGUCUUCGCACAAGAGGAAAGGUGCGACUGGGGCGGUCACGCCCGCAUCUCAUGCUCGGGGGAAUCUGCCGCAGCUCGUCAUUCCCAAUACACGUAACGGCCCGACCGAGGAAUGGUCCGCGACGUCGGCGAGGUCUGCUGGUCUCAAGAAGCUAACUUCCCCCAUUCCGCCAACCCCUCCCACCCGAGUAGAAAUGUCGCCUCAGGUUUUUUCCUUCAUGCAGGCUCGCCAGGCCCAGGAGGUCCCAACUCUCUCUGCUCCCCCAUCCUUGGACGGUAGUCUGGACGGAAGUCUGAGUUCGGAGCAGAUGGCCCAAAUGUCGGCCCCGCCCACGCCAGUCAUCGGCAAUGACGACAAUGUACAGGAGGACGGCUGGUCCGGUGUUCAGCUCCAGCCCGGUGCACUGGCAACCCUGCAAGCUCUCUCGGGGGAGAGCGACAGCGGCAGCAUGACCGCACACGAACAGGAGGGGCCAGAGCAAGUACUCGAAGUCGAAGUUCCUUCUGAGCCGAUCCCAGAGAUGCGCCAGCAGCCACUUCGCAUCUUCACCGGCCUCCACUUCCAGGCACCUCGCACUGCAGAGUUGACGCCGGCAUCGCAGCACCGCUCCCUCGCCGACCUGACAAGGCUCGAGAUCCCUUCUCCUGGCGGCUUCUUCUUGGGCCUUUCGCCUCGUACGAGGAGCACCUGGCACAUGCUUAGCAAGAGCCCCGAGGAACUGGCACCGCCCACUUCGACAACCGCCGAGCAGUUCUACCGCUGUCCCUGGAACGCGGAGACCUCGGCCCCGCCCGUUCCUCGCAUCCCCUCGGCCCUCGCCUUGCCGACAAGGCUUGCUGCCAACGACAACAUGGCCGAGCAGUUCUACCGCGGCGUCGCUGCCUCGUCGUCACCGGUCGAACAGGUCGUGGAAGUCAAGGAUGAGGACGACAUUGAGGACGACAUGCCCACUGCACGGCCUCCCCAGGUGCCGAGCACGGCCAGUGCCUCGGAUUCGUUCACCGUCGCUGUGGAACCCGUGUCUCCGGAGGUGGAGGUGGAGGAGGAAGCACCAACGGAGAUCGUCACCGUCUAUGACCCUGACUACGCUCGUAAGCAGCAGGAAGUUGCGCUGUCGAAUCUCGACCGCACAGAGAUGUGGCUCAUGGCACAACGAUCGUACCUGAAGCCUGUCGAGAUCGAGGAGAAGGAAGGAAGCCAUCAGGGACUCCCCGCCAUCCCCGAAGACACCGAGGAGGAAGAGGAGGAGGAGGAAAGGGAAAGCAAGACAUCCGGGACGGAACUCGAAGUCCCAAUGCUGCCGAGGAAGAAGACAGUUCGCUUCUCUUCCAUCGUCACCACCACCCGCGCCCCCUGCCGCCUGCCUUCUAAGCUUCUCAGGCAGGAGUCGGCAUAUUACCGCGCGUUUCAGGACUAUAUCAUCCGCAAAGGGUCCCUCGACGUCUUCGUUCAUCGGCUCCCUCGCUUCGAGGCCCUUCAGGCCCAAAGGAUCUCUCUCCCCGAAUACCAUCGCAACCAGCUCAUGGGCAAGUACCAGCUGAGCGUGGUGCCCCAAUCGGCGAAGAAGCGACUCAGCGCCAACGUGGCCCGGGGUGACGACAUUCUCCUCGAUGAUCCCGAAAAGCUUCGCCAAGAGAAGGAACAAGAGGCCAUGAGCCAAAUAGCCAUGUCUACCUGGCACGUGGCCGCCAACAAAAUGCUCAACGGUGGCCGUCUCAUCUCGUCGCCCGUCGCCAAGCGUCUCGCACACGCCUCACGCAUGGCUCCGGGGAAGAACGGUGUUGCUCGCGAUCGCGCACGCAUCCUUGACCUGGGAGGUCAGUCGACCUGCGACUGGGGAUGGCACUGCGCGCUUCAGUUUCCGAACACCAAGAUCUACACGGUGACGACCAAGGCCAUCCGCCAGCUGUCCAACUCCAACAUCCGCGGCCCGCCGAACCACCGCCAGGUUGCCGUCGAACGUCUGACGCGCCUGCCCUUCGCCGACGCCCAGUUCGAUCUCAUCUCGGCCCGCGAGCUGCAUUCGAUCCUCAAGUUCGUCGGCGAGAACGGCGAGGACGAGUGGGAGAGCUGUCUGCGCGAGUGCAUGCGCGUCCUCAAGCCGGGAGGCUACCUCGAGUUCUCCCUCCUCGACUCGGACAUCGUGAACGCGGGCCCGCUCGGCCUUGCCAAGAGCGUCGAGCUCGGGUUUACUCUCAAGACGCUGGGCUACGACCCGUGCCCGACCAAGAUGUGGCUCGGCCGCCUCGCCCGCGCCGGUUUCGACGAGGUCCGCCGUGCGUGGAUGUACCUCCCCAUGGGCGAACGGCGGCCGGCUUCUUCCCCCACGACUACGUCCGGAGCUGCCAAGCCGCUCCCUGCCCUGCCGAGGGGCCUCCCCACGCCCCCGCCGUCCGACGGCGAGGGCCCACGGACAGUAACCCUGGAGGCCAUGGUUACGGGGAGCAGUGAUGCCACCACCACUGGGAGCAGCGAUGCCGCGGCGAGCAUCACGGGCCUCGCCGCGAGUUGGGUUUGGGAGCGGUGGCUCCUGCGGUGUGAGAUGGAGAAGUUGGCCGGCGAGUUGAGACUGACAGACAUCGUCACGACGGGCCGCGCCAUGACUGAGGCGGGGAAGUGUCUCGAUGGUGUGGCGGCUAUUGUCGAGGAGGGGCGGACGUGUGGCGCUGGAUGGAGGGUGUUGAACGGUUACGCGAGGAAGCCCAAGGUUGGAUCGGGGGUCAUCCCCGUCCACAUGGAUGCGUGA